GGCCAGUGACGCUGGCUCCGCCGCCGCAGCGUUCCAUUCUCCGAAGCCGGCGACCGCCUGGCCGUCUCCCGCCCGCCGCCUCCUCCUCCUCCUCUUCCCUCACCGCCGGCCAGACAAGGGCGCGCGGGGGCUUCGCCUCGAUCCCAGAGGGCUGCGGUCGCGCGCGGGCGGCGGAGAGGAUCCGGUGGCGCGGCAGCCACGAGCGCCUCCUUCCCCUUCUUCCCUCAGGUCUCCGCGCCCUGCUCUGCCGGUGAAUCUACCCUCCAGCUGACAUAAGGAUUCUCACUUCUGGAUUUUACUUUUUUUUUUUUCUUAAAAAAAAAAACUUGGACGGAUAAAAGAUGUGCCAUGGCAGGAUAGCACCAAAGAGCAGCUCAGCGUUGGCCUUGGCCUCGGUCAGACAUGGAGUCUUCCUUCUGCUCGUGAUCCUGAGUAGCCUGCUUGGAGACGGGCUUGCUUCCGUGUGCCCCCUGCCGCCGCAGCCAGAGAAUGGAGGCUACAUCUGCCACCCCCGGCCCUGCAGAGAGCUCCUGACAGCAGGCAGCGUCAUUGAGUACCAGUGUGCUGAAGGCUACAUGUUGAAGGGCGAUUACAAGUACCUGACGUGUAAGAAUGGCGAGUGGAAGCCGGCCAUGGACAUUAGCUGCCGUCUCAAUGAGGAGAAAGACACGCACGCGUCCCUUGGGGUCCCCACGCUGUCCAUCGUGGCUUCCACCGCCAGCUCCGUGGCCCUGAUCCUCCUCCUCGUGGUGCUGUUCGUGCUGCUGCAGCCGAAGCUGAAGUCUUUUCAUCACAGCAGGCGUGACCAGGGUGUCUCCGGGGAACAGGUCUCCAUCAUGGUGGAUGGAGUCCCGGUUGCAUUGCCGUCGUAUGAGGAGGCCGUGUACGGCAGCUCCGGCCACAGCGUGCCACCGGCUGAUCCCCGAGUGCAGAUCGUGCUGUCUGAAGGGUCCGGGCCCAGUGGGAGCAGCAUACCGAGAGAGCAUCAGCUGCAGGACCAGGGGGCCUGUUCCUCCUCAGGUGGAGAAGACGAGGCCCCGGGCCAGUCUGGACUGUGUGAAGCCCGGGGCUCCCGAGGCUCAGAGACAGUCAUGGUGCACCAGGCGACCACCUCCUCCUGGGUGGCCGGCUCAGGGAACAGCCGACUGGCACACAAAGAAGCCGUGGAUUCCGAAAACAGCGACAUACAAAGCCUUUUAUCCCUCACGUCAGAGGAGUACACAGAUGAUAUUCCACUGUUGAAAGAAGCGUGAGGGUUGCCAGCUCUCUCUCCACUGCGGGGGUCCUUCCUGCCCUCCCCGCCGCCGUCCUGUGGGUUCGAGCACUCCGUACUCUCCAGCCACCCCACCCGGAUACCUGAGUGCCACCUGUGUAGCUCUGAGGGCCUGUGGCCACCUUGCUGAAAACUCCAGGAAGAUCUCUCUCAGCUGUCUGCCUGCUGCACAACUGGGGAAUAGGCCCUUUGCCUGGCCCAGCCCUGCCACCUGUGGGGACAUAUUUGAAUGUGCUGGCUCAAACCCACCCUCUCCCCACCACCACCCCCCCACCGGUCCCCAA